CUCAAGUGGUGUGAUAUGAAUAAGAAAACGUAUAUUUUGUUUUAUCUUGCACAAAUUACUGAGUUUCAACCAUGAACAUAAAUAGUGUUGACCAAUUGAAAGCUGCAGCUGAAACAGGUGAUAUAGAUCUCCUGUACACAGUAAUUCAUGAUGAUCCAUCCAUUUUGGAGAUUAUUGAUUCAAUACCAUUUGUUGAAACUCCUUUGCAUAUCGCCACAUCUUUGGGGCAUAUCCGAUUUGCCAUUGAGAUUAUGAAUUUGAAACCUUCAUUUGCUUUGAAGCUAAAUCCCCAAGGAUUCAGCCCGGUUCAUCUCGCUAUGCAAAAUGACCAAGAGAGGAUGUUGUCUCGGUUUGUUAACAUGAAUAAAGAUCUUGUUAGAACCAGAGGGAGGGAAGGUUUAACUCCUCUUCAUUUUGCAAGUCAAAUUGGUGAGGUUGAACUUUUAGCUAAAUUCCUCUUUGUUUGUCCGAAAUCCAUCGAAGAUGUGACUGUGAAGGGUGAAACUGCACUGCAUAUUGCUGUCAAGAAGGAACAGUACGAAGCUCUUGAUCUUCUUGUUUGCUUUCUUAGAGAAAAUAUCGUGAGAGGUGCUAGGAGGACUCAAUAUAAAAUACUAAAUUGGAAGGAUGAGGAUGACAACACCAUUUUGCAUAUUUUAGCACAAAGAAAUUCGGAGCCACGGGUAGUGAAGGCACUUGGACGGUUGGUAAAGAGUAGGAUAAAUUUGAACGAAAAGAACUUGGAGAACAAAACUGCAUUGGACAUGGCAGCCAAUGCCGAAAUAAGGAGUAUAUUGUUGUGUGCUGGAGCAAAAUCGACCUCGCAAAUCACCAAUGCUCCCACAUAUGCAGAUAAACUCAGACCAAAAACCACAAUCAGACAUUUAGUGACAACUUAUAUACUUCGCAUUAGAGGUAAUAUAUUAGAGGAACAACGUAACACUUGGUUGAUAGUUGCGACUCUUAUUGCAACAGCCACGUAUCAAUCAGCACUGAGUCCACCUGGUGGAACUUACCAGUUUAGUGCUAGUGAUGACCAUAAUAUGAACAUCACUUCCUCCGAUUCUACUAUUUCUAGACCUAAAGAUGCUGGGAAUUCAAUCUUGUCAAGACCAGAAUUCUUUAUGUUCUUAAUUUUGAAUAUGACUUCCUUUUUUCUAUCAACUAUAUCAAUAGUUAUUAUGAUACCAAGAGGAAUAAUAGACAGUGCACUGCACUGUUUUACCUCUAGUUAUUUAUUUUCUAUGUAUCGGAUAUCCCCUACUGAUAUCAGUUCAAUAAUUACUCUCAUCAUUUUUUAUUUAAUUUCGAUUGCUCCGGGGAUUGAAGCUUUUUUAAGAAUGUACUAUGAGCUUAAGCCCGUAAUUGCUAAGAAAUUGAAGAUAUCAUCGUUAAAGAAAUAUUGUUGCAAGAGGAGAAACACCAAUCAUGGUUUAUGAUCAAGAGAUAGAUGAUGUCUGCAACUCAAACUGCUGCCUGAAAUCAUAGACAAUAUCGCAACGUAGAUUUGCAGUUUUCCUUGUCAUUGUUUCUUUCUAACUUUAGCUAAUUGUGAUUCCAUGUAUUAAAUAUUUUAG